GGGUGCAGUUAAUCCAGACGCCUUCUAGUAGGCACUCGAUCAAAAUGGAAUAUUUUCCCCAGUGAUGGGAAAUAUGGGUGCAUUGUAAAUGGUGCAAUUAACAGGUCUUUGAAAGCGUCGCGGGAGUCGUUCGUGGCCCCCUUAAACCCUUUGUUCUUGUGCGCCUCAAACCUUGCACCAUACGUAAAACCGGCACAGUUCUUGUGACUUGUUUAUAGCGCCUGGAAUAAAAUACAAUUUCUCGCAUAGUCAACGAACGUCGCAUUACGGCAUUCGUGUAUUGAUUCAUACAGGCCUAUAAUGUAUAUUCCUUGGUUGCUGUACUCAGCUCAGUUCAGUUUGUGUCAUUUAACGAAUAGACCGGUUGCUCAUACGCAGUUGCUUUCGUAGCCGAGUUUGUUACUAGUUAUUUUUAAGAUCAUCAUCAUAAGAUCUUUUGUUUUAAUCUUUACUGAUAAAAAUACCUAAACGUUUAUUUAAUCUUCUUUGUUUUGGCGUCUCACGAGUAAGAAAUCAUUACCGAUGACUUCGUCUGUGAAAAUUAUCAACAAGGUGGUGUCCGGGGGACCCGCGUUGCCAGUACCCGGCCAUUUGAAUUUUGGGCAAUAUAUGAUUGACAAAUUAAGAGAAAACUCACGGGAAGACAUGGUGGCUUUGAUCAACGGUGAAACCGGCCAUAAAACCACAUACAGCAAAAUUAUCCAAGACACAGUGAACACAGCGACUGGAUUAAGGAAACUGGGGGUGAAACGAGGCGAUGUAUUGGCAUUCUGCAGUGAAAAUAGGGAUGAAUACAUUGCUGCUGCUCUUGGGGCCGUGUGUUGUGGCGCAACUAUCACCACCACCAAUAUGCAGUACUCAAAAGAUGAAAUGAUACAUGUCCUGAACAUAUCAAAACCAAGCAUAGUGCUUGGCUCAGAAUCGGCUUUGAGCCAGAACUUAAAAACAUUUAGUAACGUCGCCUCUAUAAAGAAAGUGAUACAAUUUAACGGAACACCAGUAGCAAAGGGAGUGAUACCACUCAGCAGCAUAAUUGUUCAGGCAAAUGUGAAUGAGUUUGAGGCCGACGAUGUAGAGGGUUGGCAUGACACGGUAUUCAUUCUGUACUCUUCGGGAACUACAGGACUACCCAAGGGAGUCAUGCUGAGUCAUCUGAAUUGUUUGUAUGCCGCUGCAAAUUUUGAGACUGGCAAAGAUAAGGGAGAUGAAUAUUUAACAAUGUUGACACUCGUGCCUUGGUAUCAUGCCUAUGGACUGAUGUCUACAAUCAAUUUCCUCGCAAUCAGAAAGGUCCUUGUGUACUUCGCCAAUUUCGACCCUAUUAAAUAUCUGGAAGCUAUACAAGAACACAAGGUAAACGUCUUACUAACAGUACCUCCGUUAGUGGUGUUCCUGGCUAAGUUCCCCCUAGUUGCUGAAUAUGAUUUGUCCUCGGUUAAAGCAGUGUUGUGCGGAGCAGCUCCGCUUACUAAUGAAACCAUUAAUCAGGCUAUGGCACGCUUACCUAACUGUAAGGGUAUUUUCCAAGCAUAUGGAAUGACUGAAACGUCACUUGCUGCAACCAAAGAUGUAGACGAAGAAGAUGACGUAAGACUACACAAGCCCGGCAGCGGCGGUUUUCCUCUCAGAGGAGUUAAAGUUAAGGUGGUAGACAUUGAAACGCGCCAAAAACUAGGUCCUAACCAGAAAGGAGAAAUUUGUAUAAAAGGACCUGUUGUAAUGAAGGGGUACGCCGGCAAUAAAUCAGCCACGCGUGACAUUCUCGAUAACGAAAGAUACUUAAAGACUGGAGACAUAGGAUAUUAUGAUCAGGAUGGAACAUUUUUCAUUGUCGACCGACUUAAGGAGCUGAUCAAAUAUAAAGGAAGUCAGGUGCCGCCAGCAACAGUGGAGAACGUGCUACUUCAACACCCUGGAGUAGCGGAAUGCGGGGUAGUUGGUGCCCCUGAUGAAAAGGCAGGAGAGCUUACCACCGCGUUUGUCGUGAAGAAAUAUGGCGUAGACAUUACUGAGAAGGAGAUCAUAGAGUUCACUAAUGAGAGGCUAUCGCCAGAGAAGCGUCUCUACGGAGGAGUGAUAUUCGUGAACGAGAUCCCCAAGAACCCUUCAGGCAAGAUCUUACGGCGAGUGCUCAAGCAGCAACUGCACAAGAAGAAAAAAUCUAGACUGUGAAUACGUCAUCAUAGAGGUAUCUACUUCUAUAGAGUGCUCAACGUAGGGAUCAAAUUUUUAUAUAAACUUUAAAUUUAC